AAGUCAAACAAUUUUACUUGAGAACUCUCUCUCUCUCUCUCUCUCUCUCUCUCUCUCUCUCUUUCUUUCUCUUAUUAACGAGAUUGAAUAAAUCGAGAUCGAUGAAAUUGGAAUAUGAGUUUGACAAGAAAUCCCUGCAAAAGGGAUUCGAUUGGUGGAAAAAAAAAAAUUACCGACAAAAUUCUUGAUACGACUGUUGACAGUUUGGCAUUGAAAAGGGCAAGAUUACCAUUGCGUCUUCACGAUGGUGGUACGGACAUUGAAACUUUUGAAAAAAUCAUCAAAAAUGAUGUUAACAUCAAUCAACAGGAAAACAAACGAAUUCAUUCAAUGGUUAAAUCAAAGAACAAUCCAACAAUUCGAAAAUGUCGUACGAAAAUUGAAAAAAUAAUAGAAAAGCAAAAGGAGGAGAAAUUGGAUAAUGCUGAAUUGAUUGAAAUUAAUCAUAAAAUUUCGACUGACUCUAAUAAAAAUGACGAUGAACAAAUAUAUCCAAUAUCAUCGAAAAAAUGUGAGAAUAAAAUUGAAGAAAAUAUAAUCACCAAUUUAAAAAAUGAUAAUUCAGUUGAAUUAAAUACACGAAUGGAAACUAACGAAGAAUCAUUAAACGUACAGAUAGAAAGGCGUUGUUCGAAUUCUUCGGAGGAUUACGAAAAAGUCGAUUUUAAAAGUCAAUGUUACCACCACCACCACCACCAUCACCAUCACCAUCACCAUCAACAACAACAACCAAUGAUUGUCAUGACAAAACGUGACCAUGAUAUCAAUGAGAGCUUUCACCAUGAUAAAAGUUUCAUCGUGGAAAGAUCUCAAAUAAAUUACGAUUGUAAAACCAAAUCGUUUUCCAGUGAUGAUGAUGAUGACGACGAUGAUCAAAAUAGUUGGAAAAAUAAUAAUAAUAAAAAAAAGAAGAAAAAAAAGAAGAAACAUUUCGCUAGAAAAGUGUUGCAUUAUGUUCCAGGAUAUCGUUCAGGUAAAAAACGUCAAAAACAAUCAACAAAAAAGAAGAAAAAAACGAAACAUCAUCAACGUUUUACCACAAAUUUCUUAGAUUCUCAAAAAACUUUGAGAACAGAUGACGAUGAUAAUGAUGACGAUGAAAUGUCAAGUAUCGAAAAUCAUUUUGAUUCAUUUUCACGAUCAAAGAGUCAUUCGAAAUGUGAUUUAAAGUGCAUCAUGAUUUCUGAACCAUCUAAUUUUGUUCAUGUUGCUUCUGCUACCAAUUCACGUUUGAUGUUCAAUGAAAAUCUCAUUGGUACGAAAUUGGAACAAAAUGUUAUAACUCAUGAAGAAAAAUCAGCUAAUUUGCCUUUACUAUUACAUGGAAAAGAAGUUAGUAAUAAUAAUAAUAAUAAUAAUAAUAAUAAUAAUCGAAUGAUGACCAAUGAAGAAACAACUAUGGAAAGUAUGGAAAAUAAAAAUAUAGGUAAUAGAACGUCUUAUGUGGAAAUAAAAAGACCAUCAUCUUUAAAUGGAAGUGAAAAAUCUACAAGAGAACAUGUGGAUUGUCAGCAAUCGGUGAAAACUCAAUUGAAAAAUGACGAGACGAGAAUUUCUUACGAGCCAAUAUUACAAACUAAUGUUAGUUUUCUUUGGAGUGAUCGAACGAGAAGUUACUUGGACAAGAACGAACAUACCAGACUUUCUUUUUCGCAUAUAAAAAAAAAGGACGAAGAAACUUACGACGAUGUGGGACCACCACCACCACCACCACCACAACAACAACAACAACAAGCUGAAGUUUGUUCUUUGGUUUCUUGUUCACAGGAAGAAGAGAAUUACGACGAUGUAGGACCACCAGCAGAAAGAAAUAAUUUACAAUUAACUGAAAAAUCAAAUGAAACAACUGACGAUACAUACGACGAUGUUCUGACGCCAUUUUUCAAUACGACCGAAGAUGAAUUUCAAACGUUAUUAGAAAAAAAUGAAGAAAAUGAAGAAAAUUUGUUAAUAAACAAUGAUUAUUCAAGUGUGGAAGAUGCAAACGAUGAACGGGACAUUUACGAUGACGUUGCAUGUCCUCCUAUUGGGGAGGAACGAGUCAACAGUCUCUAUGGGGAAUCCAUGGGUGCUUCUCUUCUUGGAUCUUCGAUCCUGGCAAUUAGCAAGGAAUCUGAGUGGGAGGACGUUGACGAUUUAACCAAUCCAUUGACACCUCCUUCUUGUCUCUGCCAAGGACAUGAUUGCACAUGUGAUAAUAAUGGCGAACAACGGUUUAACAAUACAUGGAGUAAAAAGAAAAUUGGACAACGUUCUGGCAAAAAAUGGAAAAGACGUCGUUCGAAAAGAAGGAAAAACUCGGCAUGUUCAUCCUCAUCAAUUUCCACUACUCAACUAAUUCAUCGCGAUUCUUCUAACGUUCAUGAAAGUGCAUCAGAAGACAGUACGUAUGAGAGUCUUCGUUUUUGUCAACCGGAUGAUUUCAAUACAGACUCGGAUGGUGAAACUGCAAGUGGCCUUGAAAACAGACCCGAUUGUAAUACCGAUGAUAGAUGUGAAAAUAUUAUUGUUAAUAAUAAUUUGGAGGCACCAGCUAAACCAAUACCACCACCUCCAAGAGAAUCUAGUCUGACUGAAACUUUGGGUAAAAGAAUUAAAAUGUUAAGAAGAACUUGGAGCAUCACCAAGGGUAGUCUUGGUAGAAUUAGAAGAAGAACGUUUGUUGAGGAUGAUCAAAUUUCUGAAGAAAACAAAGAUCUUACAAAUGAACACCAUCAUCAACAUCAGCAGCAGCAGCAACAACUACAGGACAAUGGAAAAUAUUUUAGUUUUAGAAAACAUUUCAGAAAAAAUCUUUCUAAUUUUUCAACAUUUUACUUAAACGAUAGUAAUGGUAACUGUACACCAAGAAAUAAUAUUAAUAAUAAUAAUAAUAAUAAUAAUAAUGGUGGUACCAAUAAAGAAGCCAUUUAUGGAAAUACCAAUUGGUAUACGAAAAACAACGAUUACGAAUCUUCCUCGCAAUUUUAUAAAACAGACGUCGAUCAUUAUAGUGUUUUGGCAGAUCAAGAACCUUUGUAUCAAUUUUAUGCUGCUGCUGUUAACAGUGUGGCUUUCCAAUCAGAUUCUGACGGAUACGAGCAAGUUGAAGAUUUGAAUCCUCCUCCACUUGCUACAGAUUUUGUAAAACCAGGACACCGAACAUUGUGGUGUCAAACACCACAAGUUGUACGCAGUGGACUCUUACAGAGAUUAACACCAGAAGAAAAAAAAAUACAAGAAGCUAAAUUUGAAAUUCUUACAUCGGAAGCUUCCUAUUUGAAUUCUCUUCGAGUCCUUGACAAUGAAUUUUUGCGUAAUCACGAAUUAAUACAUGAAAUUUUAACACCUUCCGAGAAAGAGAAAUUAUUUGGUGGUGUACCUGGUGUUAUUAAAGCAUCUGAAAGAUUAUUGGCUGAUCUGGAAACAAUAUGGAAGGAAGAUCUUACUUUACAUAAUUUACCUGAUAUUUUACUUAAACAUUCUGAACAAUAUUUAGAUAUAUUCGUUGGAUAUUGUUCUAAUCAAAUUAAAAUAGAUAUGACGUUGAAAGAAUUAAGAGCAAAAAGAGGAUCCAAAUUUGUAGAAGUUGUCACACAAAUAGAAUCCCGUCCUGAAUGUCAAAGCUUGCCACUAAAUUCAUUUCUAAUGUUACCAAUGCAACGAAUUACAAGACUGCCAUUAUUAGCUGAUGCAGUACUUUCUAAAUUAUCUAUGGAAAAUACUGAUAGAUCCUCAUGGGAAAAAGUUUUAUCAGCAUUUACCUAUGUUGUAUCCGAAUGUAAUGAAGGUGCACGUGCUGCAGCUCAAGAAGCUGAAAUGGAAAUGAUAACAAGAAAAUUAGAAUAUUCGCCUAAAAUAAAGCCUAUCGAUUUAAAAAAUCGACAUUUAAUUAAAAAAGGAUCGGUCAUACAAUUAACUAUGAAGGCAGAUAUGGAAUACAAGCUUACAUUUGGUAAAAAAUUUAACAAAACACCUGUGUACCUUUUUCUACUAACGGAUUACCUUCUAGUCACAAAGAUUAAACACAAUACUCACGAAGAUGCUUACACUGUCAUAGAUGUUUGUAAAAGAAAUCUCCUUGCUUCAGAAUCGGUCUCUGAAGAUUCACCUUUUGCUGGUCGUAAUGCAAUGAUAUUAACACUGUUAGAAAAUCAUUGUGGUAAACAGGCAGAAUAUAUUUUAACAUGUGAAAGUAAUACGGAAAGAGAAAGAUGGUUAGAAGCUAUUUCACCACCAAAACGAGAAUUAGUUGGGGAAACGCUUUACGAAUCUUGGGAUUGUCCUCAAGUACAAGCUUUGUAUUCUUACUCGCCAAAUCAACCCGAUGAACUUUCGUUACAACCAGGUGAUGUUAUAAACGUACUAAGAAAAAUGACAGAUGGUUGGUAUCAUGGUGAAAAGCUAUUGAAUGGCGAACAGGGUUGGUUUCCAGCAAAUUAUACAAAAGAAGUUGCCUCUGAACAUGUACGUGCGAGAAAUUUGAAACAAAGGCAUCGUCUUUUAGCCCUUAUGGGUAGUGUUUUACAAAGAAGAGCGAAACAAAACUUAGCCAUGUAUUAAAAGUAAUCAUCCGCGAAAAGUAUCAUAACAAAAAUUAUUUUUCCAUUUAUUGUUUGUACAAUUUAUGUACAUUUUAAAUGUAAUU